CUGCACUACGGGACCCUCCUGGGCAGCAGAGCUUGUGCCCACAUGGCAGCAGCUGCCUGGGCCUCUGGGUUUCUCAAUGCUCUGCUGCACACAGCCAAUACAUUUUCCCUGCCCCUGUGCCAGGGCAAUGCCCUGGGCCAGUUCUUCUGUGAAAUGCCUCACCUCCUCAAGCUCUCCUGCUCACACUCAGGCUACCUCAGGGAACUUGGGCUCAUGGUUUUUAUUUGCUGUUUAGGAUUUGGUUGCUUCAUUUUCAUUGCUUUCUCCUAUGUGCAGAUCUUCAGGGCUGUGCUGAGGAUCCCCUCUGAGCAGGGACGACACAAAGCCUUUUCCACGUGCCUGCCUCACCUGGCUGUGGUCUCCCUCUUUGUCACCACUGCAGCAUUUGCCUACCUGAAGCCCCCUUCCAUCUCCUCCCCAUCCCUGGAUCUGGCCCUGUCAGUUCUGUACUCGGUGAUGCCUCCAACCCUGAACCCCCUCAUCUACAGUUUUUGUGGGAGGUCAUCAGAUUCUUCUUGA